AUGGAAAAUUGCGAAGUCGGCCACGAAAUACCAUCUCAGGACUGUUUGGAAACUGCACCAGAAGAGUGCUGCGAGAAUUUUGUCCAGUCACCGUGCGAGGGAGUAGCUUGUGACGAUGGCGUUCCGUGUGACAUCGUCGCCUCCUCUGCACCCGGGUGCAUUCCCUGUGUAGGCAGCGUUUCGGAACCAGCCAUGGCGGAGUGCUGCGGCGGAAACCCUGACCUGCCGAGGCAGCGGUCACAGGGUAACAUUCCGCAACAGCAGUGCUACGGGUGCAAUUGUGGCCGGCCCGAUUGUGCUCCGAUGAAAAAAGUGCGCUACGUGCAACCGUCGAGAAGGCAACCGUGCAAACCAGUUCCAUGCUAUAAACCACCGGAAGUGGAGUUUCAAGGUGACUCUGUAUAUAAGACAUCGUACAACGCGGACCCGGCCUCGAUCGUUUGCAAUGCGCGUCCUAUGCCAAUACCGCCUAGAAAUAAUCUCUCCAUGGCACCGGGCUGUCUGGAGAAAAACACCGUUACCUCGCUGUCCUAUCCCUGCUACAAUAAUGUGGAACGUCAAAAGCCGAUUCUACCAACUGGAAACCAGCUGCUUGGGGCAGGUCCAAUACAGGAAGUUACCACUACGCGCCACGACUACGUACCGAAAAGCACACCGAAACGGUACAAAAUUGUACCCGAAGGACACAUUCGUAGCGUCAGUGCGCCAUUCGAGAAACAAACCGUCAACAAACUCUCGUAUAACUGUCCAAACAUGGCACACUUCACACCGGCUAGAUCGUGCAAACCGGUCCGACAUUAUUCGAGAUCCGAGAUUCCAAUGGAGUCUGAAACCACGAGCAAGCUAAGUUAUCCACCAGUGUGUCCAGCUCCCAAAGAAGAUCUUCCGUGGGCACGACGAGCUGCAUACCAGGCUCCGGAAAUAGCGAUGGAAAACGAUACAACCUACAAGAAAAGCUUUAUACCCAGCUGCGCUGCGGAGCGAGUAAAGAUGAUUACUCCCUUCAAUAACCUACAUGUACCUGCUGAUUCAGGCUUUGAAUCAAAGACAGUCUACAAGGAAAGUUAUCACAGUGCCUGUGGUGAGCGGCCUCCUGCGAUUCGCCCCGUCGAACAGUUGCGAAUUCCAAAUCAGAAACUUCAAGAUGACACCGUCUACAAGCUCUCCUUCCCCGUAUACUGCAAUACGGAACGUCCGGCACCGAUAGUUCCGAGACCGGCACCUCUCAUAGGGGACGGACCAAUACAGGAGAUAACAACAACCCGACACGACUAUGUCUGCAAAAGUGCAACCAAACGUGAUCCAAUCAUGCCCCAGAACUUGCUGCAUUUGCCAACUGGCAAACUGGAAAGCGACACCGUGAGCCGGCUGUCCUAUCCGUGCAACAAAGAAAACAUAAUUCCAACGAAAUCAUGCAAACCUAUUCUCUCAUAUAAAGCACCUGAGUUACCAAUGGAAAGAGAGACAACACAGAAGACGAGUUACAUGCCAGUGUGUCCACCGCCAAAGGAGCACUACCCAUGGGCUCAACGAGCGCGCUAUCAGCCACCAUCACUGCCAAUGGAGUCGGAAACGACCGCCAAACUUAGCUAUCCGCCGCCAGGAUAUUAUCUGGAGGAAAGUUGCGAAUCUACCGGCCCGGCCGGUCCGUGCUGUCAGUCCUGUGAACCGGCCAUGGUAAACUGCUGUGCAAAUUUGAUGCCGGACGGUGGCUGCUUUCCCAGGGCGGCUAUCGUGAGCUGA